GAGAUGCGUCAACACAGGGCAAGCGAGUUGUCCUUCCACCUACAUUUGUUGGGGGGGCUCGAUACAUGGUUCAAAAUUAUCAGGAUGCCAUGGCUAUCUGUCGAUGGGCAGGGUACCCAGAUCUAUUUUUGACUUUCACAUGUAACCCAAGAUGGCCUGAAAUUAAUAGCUUCCUUUCUUCAAGGAAUUUGAACCCUGAAGAUCGUCCCGAUAUAGUUUGUCGAGUGUUUAAGAUGAAGUUGGAUGGCUUGAUCAAAUAUCUAAGACAAAGUAAGUUGUUUGGACAAAUUCGAGCAGUGAUUUACACGGUUGAAUUCCAAAAGCGUGGGUUACCGCAUGCUCAUAUUUUAUUAUUCAUGGGAAAUGAAGACAAAUUUCCCACCCCAGCAGACAUUGACCGCGUUAUAUCUGCUGAAAUACCGGACGAGAGGGCUGAUCCUGAA